AUGCAUUUGCCACGUCCUAUCUCCAUGUCCCUGCAAGCCCUCAUCAUCACAGGCCAACCCACAGACACGUCCAACACCGAAAAUAUAGGAACUCUCGAGGAAUUAAUCCUCUCCCCAGGCACCAGCACCAACACGCUAGAAUGCAAUGAUCAGCGACGGGCAGCUGAGGCCUUUAACAAUAAUCCCACCUCUCCCGUUGCGGCUAUCGCUAUCGUGGCAUGUUUGGAAUUUCUCAAGAAGCUACAUGCUCUCUUCCUGUUCUUCGAACAAUACUAUUUCAUGCUCCAACCUCAAAUAUGCUUCACUUGUUCACAACCUUCAGCCACUGCACUGGGAACGGAUGUGUCACGUGAUAGAGUAAAGGACCAACGGAACUUGAACCUCAUCGUUUUGCAUCGACCCGACGCUACAACAAGCUCCCUUGAUGAGAAAAUGUGA